AUUCCAUUACUAUUAAAUUUGUUUGUUUGCUUUUUUUUGUUUUGUUUUGAUUUUGUACAGGUCUUGAGAGAGGUAUAUGGAACAACAACUUUUUAGGAUAUCGUCUAUUAUUUUUUACAUUGAAAUAACACUUGCAACUGCUUUAUCGUAUUGACUUGUUAUUUUUCACCCUCCUUAUUUGUAUAGAUUGUCAUACGUUUACUUGGUACUUUAAGUUGUCCUGUGGUUUAAUAUUUCAAAUAAUGUCCCCUUGCCAUCCUCUUGAGUUGUGGUUAGGAAAGUUUUCUACUCAGUGAAAUUUACGUCUACCUACUUAUCUGUUCUCUUCGUAUAUUGUAAUAUUUGACUUUCACUGGCGACCUUAUUGAUGUUGUUGUUUGUGUUCAUAAACAUUUCCAAAGCAACCAAGUAUUUUCUGAUGGUAGUUUUCUAUAUUUUUUAUUAGAUGUCAACAGCUACAAAACAAUUAAGAUUACCUCCAAUGCCCAAAAUUUCUGACAUCAUACGUUUAUACGGUUUAAGAGCGAAAAAGCAACUGAGUCAAAACUUCAUACUUGAUUUAAAUAUAACAGACAAAUUUGCCCGCAAAGCUGAUGUUUUUGAUUGCCACGUGGUAGAAGUUGGUGCAGGACCCGGUUCACUCACAAGAUCGUUGCUCAAUAGUGGAAUCAGACAUCUGCACGCUGUGGAAAUAGAUGACAGAUUUUUGCCAUCCUUAGAGAUUUUAAAAGAUGCGUCUAAAGGUCAUAUGACAAUACAUCAUAUGGAUAUCAUGAAAUUUGAUUUCAUUUCUGCAUUAACAGAUGUCCAUCACGCACCAUGGGAAAGUAAUGAUCUACCUAACGUCCGUCUUGUUGGCAACCUACCCUUCGCAGUAUCUAUCCCAUUGCUUCUUCAAUGGUUGCAAGCUAUAUCACGAAGAAAAGGACCGUUCCAGUAUGGACGAGUUCCUAUGACGUCGGUGUUUCAAAAAGAAGUCGGCGAGAAUUUGACUGCCGACGCUUUCAACUACAAUAGAUCACGACUCUCGAUAAUGGCUCAAAAUUACUGUCACGUGAGCAGAGCGAUGAUAUUAAAUAGUGCCGUCUUCACACCGGAACCUGAGGUCGAUGCUUGGCUGGUUCACUUUAUCCCCCGUCGAAAGGCACAAAUUGAUGCUCCAUUCGAUGUCAUUGAGCAGGUUGUUAAAGCCAUAUUUUCCAAAAGAAAAAAAGUGAUUAGAACUCCGUUAAGGCAUAAGGAAAAUGCUUGAGAUUUAAAGCGUAUAGUAUGAGGAAAGAAAGCAACAUAUUUUACAUGUAGUGAACUCUCAACAUUACGACCGGGCGAUAUAACGAACCCACAAUAUAACGAACCCGCAAUAUAACGAACCUCGAUAUAACGAACCUCCGAUAUAACGAACCUCCGAUAUAACGAACCUCCGAUAUAACGAACCUCCGAUAUAACGAACCUCCGAUAUAACGAACCUCGAUAUAACGAACCUCCGAUAUAACGAACUUGCAAUAUAACGAACCUCCGAUAUAACGAACCUGCAAUAUAACGAACCUCGAUAUAACGAACCUCCGAUAUAACGAACCUCCGAUAUAACGAACCUCCGAUAUAACGAACCUGCAAUAUAACGAACCUCGAUAUAAUGAACCUCCGAUAGAAUUCUUUAGAAGUAGAAUACUAUUUAGUACCGGUACUUAUCUAUUAUAUUUGGACAAAUUUUUUUAGUCCAAGUUUUUCGUCACCUGGAGAAUCGUCAUUUUUGAAAUUAGUCAUGCAUUUUUGAGUCAAGCAGCCAUCAUUAAGUUUGCGCUAUGUUUGUGAGAAGUGUGUGACAUGUUUUCAAGGAUCACGAACCAACCCCCAGUGGAAAAGAGGCUAUGCUUUAGUGGAUAAGAGGCUAACUAAUAGUCUUAGUGUCAUCCAGUCAUGUUAUUAUUUUUCAACAACAUUAAGAAAAUAUUUUUAUGAGAUGUACUUUUUUAGGUCCAGCCCGGGUGAUUUUAAAUACUAAAUAAUUUUUUAACACAAUAUAGAGCCGCCCUUUUUUUGUUAUUUUUCUUUUGUAACGGGAUAUUUCGCGAAGGUGAUGGUACCUUUGAUUUUAGCUUUUUUGAAUAGUUCUUUUUAUUGAAGAGAAAAAACAUGUACAGAUUUAGGCUUCA